AUGCAACUUGCCCGCCCUCUCCGCCUCAUUCCAUUGCUCUCAGAGUCCCUUGUGAGUUCGCCCCUCCCCAAAGAAAAGGAGACGGAGAGUUUAGACACAAAGAGAGGAAGUUCGGUCAAUGCACAGAAAGAGCGUCAGUUCAAGAAUCAACAGGCGUAUCAAGAGAGUUAUUUAUUAGCCCUUUUGAACCAAUUUUUCUCAAUCACUUUAGAACGCCCAGGAAAGCAAUCGAAGAUGACAUCGUCCAUGCCAAUAGUCCUCUCUUUGGAGCUCAAUGGCGACAAUUACGAUAUCAAAGCAAUGGCAGAGAAGCAGUGCGACUUGAUUCAAAAGGAAGAAGUCAGGAAUGGAGUGUCCGAAAAGACCGUCUCGCGACGGUAUAAGAAGAACGUGACCGCUUUCAUGCAGACGUACUUGUUCGACUUCUGCGAACAACUUGGCUUUGUCUUCGACUCAAAAAGAUCAAAACAGUCAAAUAAGACCCUCCAAGUCGAACGAAUCGAGAACGUCUAUUUCAACGGAAACCUCGUCGCGACGAAAGAUGAAGUGUUGGAAAAGGGAAGGAGCAUCUCACAAUUCUUAUUCGAAAGAGUCGAUGGGAAGAAAAAACGAAGGGUCGUCCUCCCUGUUAAUUGUGACGAACUCAAAAACUUCACACAUGUCAACUACGUCUCAGAGUCGGAAAGCCUCUCGAAAGUCUUCUUGUAA